CUGUGUGGGACUGAGCCCAUCCGGACGGCUGCCGGCGUACUUGGUGGGACGGAGAUGGUGCAUACGGCGCGCGGGCGGACUGCGGUGGGAUGCCCGCUAUCUUGGGUACUCAUUAGGCCUCAGCAACCAUGGAACAGGAUCAUGACCCAGUCACCGAGCUACGUCGACCCACUGUCGUUCCCGACUCUCGAAUGGGUCGAUCGACCUUGGGUCGUGGAACGCGGCAUCGACCCUGUUUCCUGGUGCUAUGGUUUAUACCGCUUGCUGUCAUUUCUUAGUUGAUGUUAUCCACAUGUUGCUUAUUUUUGGUAUGACCACUGGGACUGGUUUUUGUCUCGACUGGGCUGUGUGCUGAACGUUGGCUGGAGGGCUAAAACUUUUAGAUUGUAUAAUAUGUGUCACUGGUUACACUUGUUGGUGCUGAUCUGGACUGCUAGAUAAAAGUGGUUAAUCUUUUGCGAGUCAACACAGUGCUGCCUUAUAUAUAGGUAUAAAUUCUGUUGUUGGCCUGUUUGAAAUGCAUGUGCUGCUGCUUAUCUUGAAAUAUUGAAUUUUUGCUUAUCUAGCUAGCUUGUCUGUUUAUCAUGCAAAGUUGGCAUGUAAGGACACACCCAGUGCAUAGGAGCUCCCACACAAGAUGGGGUCUGGGGAGGGAUUAUAGGAACCUAAUCUUACCCGUGCUACAGUGCAAUGCAGAGAGGCUGGUUCGAACCCAGGACCUCUUGGCACAAGUGGGGAGGAUGUCACCACUGCGCCAGGCCUGCCCUCCCAAGUUGGCAUGUAAACGGCUUGAAAAUCCAUCAGCCUGGUUCGUUUUUGGAUCAAGUCGGUGCUUUUCCAGGGUUAAGAAGCAAUGACUUGACAUGGCUCGCUCGCCGAGACAUCUCUAUGCGCGCCAUCUCGAGUAGUUGUCGUUGACAUGCUAGUAACAUUGUUCUUGUGAUGCUCCAGGUUCAGUAAUAGGGUAGUUUUUCUGCUGUGUCUUGGCUGGAGCCCUAUUUGGUUCUAGUAAUUGUUGCACUUCGGUUUACUUUUUGGACCAAGCUGGUGCUUUUCCAGGACUAAGGAGCAAGGAGAGUUGUCAUAGCUCGGUUGCCGACCGUCUGUCUAUGCGGCUGCUGCCACUUUGGCUGUGGCCUAUAUAAUGUUUUGGUCCUGGUAAUGUCUUGAGUAGUCGUCGACAUGGUGGUAGCAUCGUUCUUGUGAUGCUCCAGGUUCAGGAACUGUAGUAGUAGUAGUUUCUUUUUUGAGGGGUUGUAGUAGUAGUAGCAGCGUAGUUUUUGGGCCGUGUCUUGUUUGGGGCCCUAUUUGACUUUGGUGGGAUGAUGACCGGCUAUUUUGGUCUUGUGCAGACAUCCUCGCGGGGUGACCGACUGUGUAUUUAUGCAGGGUGGCCCGGCUGCUUGGUUCCGGUCCGGCGUCUGCUGUAAUAGUAGUGUGUUGAAGCAAGUGGUGUAAUUAUAUUCGGCAGUAGAGUGUAACAAGAGUUGCAAGGAAGUUGUUCGUUGUUGUUUGCUUUGCACACACAUGUAUGUUGCAUUUCUAGUCUUGCUCUGAUAUA